ACCUGUCCAUGGGGAUGAACAACAGUGUUACCUGUCCAAGUGGAUGAACAACAGUGUUACCUGUCCAUGGGGAUGAACAACAGUGUUACCUGUCCAUGUGGAUGAACAACAAUAUCUACCCUCCCAAGUGGAUAUACCUGACAGUAUUAACCGCCUAUUUGGAUCGAUAACUUUACUCAAAGGUUUUGAUGCUACCCUUCAGGACAAUGAAGCAAUACAGUCGCUAUUUUCUCGGAAUCGUCGUGGCCUGUGUGUUUGUGUACAUGUGUCUCUUCUUUGUUAAUCCGUCUACAUAUAAUGCCAACAGAGCUGUAUCACCAUUGGCGAAUACAUCCCUACACCUGAUUACCAAUAAAAUAGUAUCAGAGGCCAAGGUCGACAUCACUACUCAACUUCCGUCCACAAUUUUUCAACCUACUAAGCCUUCGUCAGCAAAGCCCAAUGUAACCCUCACAACCCCAAAGCCUACCCUGCCCAAGCCAGUGCCUAAACCUCUAAAGAAUGCCAACAGAGCUGUAUCACCAUUGGCGAAUACAUCCCUACACCUGAUUACCAAUAAAAUAGUAUCAGAGGCCAAGGUCGACAUCACUACUCAACUUCCGUCCACAACUCUUCAACCUACUAAGCCUUCGUCAGCAAAGCCCAAUGUAACCCUCACAACCCCAAAGCCUACCCUGCCCAAGCCAGUGCCUAAACCUCUAAAGCGGCCACCAUGCUAUGGAGGAAAAAUUCCCAAAGAUAAAUUUGAACUAUACAACACAUCUCAGCCGCUGGAGGUUACAGUUGUCACAGCCUAUUUCAACCUUGGACGAUUCCAAAAGGAUCUGGCAACUUUUUGACAAAAAUCUUUACAUGAAGUGGGCGAACGUAUACCAAUAUAUUAGAAGUCCUUUCGUGUUUUAUACAGAUUCAUCGGAUACUGCUGAAACAUUCAGAAAGAUGAGAGCAGGAUAUGAAAACAUUACAAAGAUUUUAUUGGUGGAUAGAAAGUCAGUGUGGGCCUUUAAUUAUGUAGAACGGAUUAAAGCAAUAUAUUCAA